AGAUGCACUCGGUCUCGUUUCUUACGUCCUUGCUCUGAUGAAAAUCCCCAUCUCGUCUCUUACGUUCCUCAAAAUUUUCUUCGCUCGAUGCCAGGGCCUUGAGGGCCUCGAUAACAAUGCUUGCUAUAGCGAUACUCGUUCAAGGUGCAGCCGCAUUAGCCAUCGGAGCCCGCGCAGAAGGCUCUCAGGUUAUCAAAGUCGUGGAGAAUGUGAUCGAAUUCAGAACGGUGCAAGGCAAGCCACCAAGUACCCGGGCAUUGCAUGCUGCUGCGCAGGUUCAAGGAAACACGAUUCCACUGGCCAACGUCGAACAGGGCAGCACCUUCAUCGCCCCAGUUCAAGUGGGAGAUCAAAACUUUGAGGUGCAAAUCGACACUGGCAGCAGCGACGUAUGGGUGGUGGAGAAGGGGUACACUUGUCGCAAUCCUGACACGUGGGACAUCGUGCCCAGCGAGAAAUGCGCGUUCGGCAAAGCGUAUACGCCCGACUCGACGCUCCGCCCAAUCCCCGGGGUCAAUUUCAACACUAGCUAUGCCGAUGGCGAGGACUUGACGGGCACCCUGAACUAUGAGACGGUGGUUAUGGGCGGCAUCACGGUCGACCAGCAAGAGCUCGGCCUCGUCCAUUGCGCCGGCUGGCAAGGCGACGGCACUUCGUCAGGCUUGUUUGGCUUUGCUUAUCCCACGCUCAGCAACGUGUGGCCCGGCACGAAUCCAAAUGCCGACCGAGUCGGGGGACGAGAGGGGCAGUACAGCAACCUGAUCUUCAACAUGAUCAACCAGGGCGUCGCUCCGAUGUUCAGCCUAGCCGCCGCCCCGCGGAACAAUGGCACGGGUUUAAUGGCUUUGGGCGGCAUUCCAGCGAAUGUCACAUACACUCCGCCUUUCAUUGACACACCUCUCCUCCCGGCGAUUAUCGACCAGAAGACCGACGAGCCCGUCUUUACAUACUACGCCGUCAACCCCACCGCCUUCUCCUGGACGAAUUCAACUUCGGGCGAGACCACGACAAUGAAGACAUCGAAGCACGACACCAAGAUCCAAAACACCACCGGCAGCGCGCAAUUCAGUUUUCCCCACAGCUACAUCGUCGACUCCGGCACGACCCUGACGUACAUUGAGAACCGCAUCGUAGCGGCGUUCGCAACAGCCUUCCACCCACCCGCAAGGUGGAGCGAGAACGCGGGCGGCUAUCUGGUGCCCUGCGACACCGCCGCGCCCACGUUCAGCGUGCAUUUUGCUAACGGCAGCAUUUUGAUGGCGAGAGAGGAGCUGGUGACGCCGUGGGGCGAGACGACGUGCUUCCUGGGCGUGCAGCCGGGGAACCAAUCUGGCAAGGUGCUGGGCGGCACGUUUCUGAAGAACGUCAUUGCCGUCUACGAUAUUGGGGCGAAGUUGAUGAGAUUUGCGCAGCGAGCAUAGCGAGGUGCAGGUGUCUUAUUAUCUCUUGAGCGAUUUGCACGUAUGGAAACGUCUUCCAACGAUUCCACCUGCCCUCUUGUCUUACUACAUCGAUGAGAGCUGGAAAGUUGGCGACGGAAGCAAAUAUAAAUCAACAUUACGAUUUCUGUAAAAAAACUACACAACAAAAGCAAUACGAGA